AUGUCUUCUUUCAGCUACUCCUCCACAUCCUUCUCCUCAAGCCAGAGCCGCAACGGCCAGACAACAAGCCAUUCCUACGCCGAGGAGCAACACUCCAACCCGCAAGGCACGACGGUGCGCUCGACCACCCAGAAUGGCCCCAAUGCGCACCCCGUGCAGGAGCUGCGGUACUUCGACGCGGGUGGGCGUGAGAUCCCUGCCGAGAGAGCCGCGCACAGGGGCCUGGGAGGUGCUGCUCCGGCCGACGGCAGCAGCAGUAGGCGCAUCGAGGAUGUGAGCCACCAGGGACACGACCAGGAGGCGGCUGAUCGGUUGUAUCGCGAGCGCAUGGAGGAUGAAUAUGCGAAAAGGGAGGGCGGUGCUUGA